AUGCGGAAGGAUAUUUGUUGUGAUACCGAACAUGUACUAAAAUUAAUUGAUAAUAGAUCAAUACGACAAACAUUUAUUAAUCAACUAGCAAUUAAUUUGAUAAAUGUUAAUCAAAAUAUAUUUGAAAAAUGUUUUAUAUUUUUGGAUGAAAAAAGAAAACUUCUUGAUUUGGAGAAAAACUAUGGUUUAGAUAAUGGAAGUGAAGAACAAAUUGAUGAAUAUUCAAAAACAGUAACAUUUAUAUUUAUAAAAAAUAAAUCAAUAUAA